UUCUUCCUGUAGGCCUAUAAACACACUCAGAAGCUGUAAAGGCAGGCCUCUAUGUGUGUGUGUGUGAUUUAGAGGAAAGGAAAGCACCGUUUACUGUAAUCUGUGUAACGUCAGCCCCUGCUGUGUGUGUUGAAAUCACCAAGGUGUUGUCAUCCUUUGCCUGAAGCCUUCUCUGGUCAAUUAUUCUGGAAUUUGCCUUCAUGCUGCAGCAAUAAGCAAUACUCGUCACCUGUCAGGGAGUUUAAUUUGGUCACAAGGGUUGAAAUAUACAGACUGAUUUCAGGACGGCAUAUUUUUGUAUCCUAAUUUUUUCUCAAGUCUGUUUUUUUAGAGGUUUUUCUGCGAGGACAGAAAGGCCUAGAGGUCUUGUACAAGUGGGAACAUAUAGUGUAUGCCUGUCCGCACCAUGAUGUCCUCUGACAUGGCUGAGACGUGGAGGAACUGUUUUGAGGAGGAGCUCAUCUGCCCCAUCUGCCUGCACGUGUUCUCAGAUCCCAUCCAGCUGCCCUGCAAGCACAACUUCUGCCGGGGCUGCAUCAGCGAGGCCUGGGCCAAAGACUCCACGCUGGCCCGCUGCCCCGAGUGCAAUCAUGCUUACACUCAGAAGCCCAGCCUGGAGAAGAACCACAAACUGUCCAACAUAGUGGAGAAGUACAACGCCCUGAGCGUGGAGAAGGCCGCCACGCCUGCGCUGCAGUGCAUCCUGUGUCGUCGAGGCCCGCCACUCCCCGCAGUGAAGGUGUGCCUGCGCUGCAAUGCCCCCUGCUGCCAGUCCCACGUCCAGACUCACCUGCAGCAGCCGUGCUCAGCCCUCGGGCACCUGCUGGUGGAGGCGGAGGCGGUGAAGGCCUGGACCUGCCUGCAGCAUGACGAGUACAGACUGUACCACUGCGAGGCCGAGCAGACGGCCGUGUGCCAGUACUGCUGCUUCGCCCGCUGCCACCCCAGCCACGGCCACGCCGUCACUGACGUGGAGCUGCGACGCAACGACAUCAGACAAAGCCUGCUCAGACAGCAGGAGCGUGUGGAGGAGCGAGUGCAGGAGAUCGAAGAGCAGCUCUGCAAACUCGACUCUGACAAGAUUGUGGUGGAGGACAGGGUGUGUGAGCUGAAGGAGGAGGUGCGUCUGCAGUACCAGCGGAUGCACCAGCUCCUGGAGGAGGAUCUCGGUCGGACACUGGAGGCCCUGGACCGGGCUCAGGCUCGGUUCUGCCAGGAGAACGCUGCCCAGGUGUUAGCUCUGGGCGAGCAGCGCCACGAGGCCCAGAAGCUGCUGAGCUCCAUCCACACAGCCUUCAGCAAGGCGGAGGAACUGAGCUUCAUGAAAAACACCAAGCCUGUUAAAAUCCUCACAGACAGGUCUCAGUCAUGUGUGGGCAGCAGCCUCCCUCCUUACAAAGUGGGGAAUGUAAACUCUAAACUCUUCCUCUCUGAAAUCGCUAAAAGAGAGAAGAGCCUGAAGAGAACGCUGGAAGCUCCCCUCACCCCUCCCUCCACCUUCCUGCAGACUGUUCCUGCGUACCCCAGCGGUCAGAGCUCGGGCUCUGGAGCGGACAAACGGAAACAUUCCACCGCCUUCCCAGAGGGAAACGGGAACGUCGGAAAAAGUGCCGCUCCAGGUUUCAAGGACUCCUCUUCCUCCUCUUCUUCCUCAUCGUUAGCCAAGCAGCCCUACCUGGGCUCCGGCUCUGCCUCCGGAGAGGGUCAGUCCACCAAUCAGCAGCUGCUCGGCCCCUGCGGACCCUCCCACAUCAACGAGGGCGGUGGGACAGGAAGUGCAAGCGGCUCUCUGACCAACCAUCAUUCAGGCUCUGUGUUUAGCUCCUCCCACUUCCCCCCCGGAGGCAGCAGCUCCUCCCACUCCUCCCAGCAGGCCGUGCUGCCUCAAUAUGGCGGCCGUAAGAUCCUGGUGUGCACGAUGGAUAACUGCUACUGCUCCGGAGUGCCCUCGGUGUCAGGCCACCGCAGCCAUCCCCCGUACCCCCGCUCUGGCUCCUUCCCCUGGGUCAGCGCCCAGGACUACCCCCCUCCCCCCGGCCUGGCCUCCGGGGGCCCGUCCAUGCAGGGCCUGGCAGUGAGGGACUGGAUAGACGCCUCGCAGACGCACAGACAUGCAGAUUUUUAUGGGCUGUAUGGGCAGCCCACUACAAAGCACUAUGUCACAAGUUAACAGAGUAGACAUACACACACACUUGGAUAUAAAGACAGGCACCAAAUAGCACACCUACCGUCUUAUUAACCGGAAAAAAACUAGUCGUACUAUACACACACUUAAAUAUUAAGAUUUAUAUGCACACACACACACAUAUAGAACAUGUACACACAUUCGGGGGCAGGGUUGAUCUCUUUUUGUGUUUUUAUUUUCCUCUUUGAUUUCAGUCAGUGUUUCAUGUAGUGUAUUAUACGUAAAAGCCAACACGCUCACUCUGGCACAACUUAGCAUUCUACACAUAGACGAGAAACAAAGAGAGGCCUAAGAGGAGAAUGACACAUGCAUCUUUUUUUAAUUUAUAGAACAGAAGACGGAUUGAUAGAAAAUGAACUUUUAUUAGGAAAACGCUUCUUCAUGGCUUCUCACUGACGCUUAAAGGAAGAGAUAAAACCAUGCAGUGUUGAGCUUUUCCAGUUUAGCGCCUCAUGUUUCUCUAAUAUAAUCACCCCUCUAGUUGUACUGAGGUCAAAUGCCUUAUGUUAUUAGCAUCAUCUGUUUUUCUGACCAGCUCACUUUGUUGGAUAUGUCCUUAAAGAGGAAAUGCCCUUCAUGUCUUCAUAUUUCCAUCGUCAUGGCAUCUCUUCCUUUCUUUGCUGAGUUCAGGGAUGGAUCGUACGGCUUGAACACAAAACGCUCUUCCAUGGAACACCCACAAUGCACUUGUGGAUGCCUUGUUAUGCCUGGACUACAGAUGCAGGGAGCUGCAUCUGAAUGGCCGGUUGACCCUGGCCCAAAACGUUUUGGGAACUUAUUCCUAUAGCACUCCCUUCCUGCUAUCUGGCUUCCCACAGGACAGAACAUGUUCUUCUGACAAAGACUGUUUCCAUUUAGUAAUUACUAUGACUUUGUGUUAAUUGGUACAUCUGUAGGUGUCAUGCUUGUCUAGAGAGACUCUUUGAUUUUAGAGAAAAAAAGGCAAGACUGGACAGACUAAACCAAUCAAGCAUCUGGAGGAUCUGAUGAUGCUGUAAUUGUACUUCCUGCAGGGCAAAGAUGUCACUUCCUCUCAAUAAGCACACGAGCUCUUGGCUUCCUGUUUGCAGCUGAAAGCAUGCAAGGAAGAGUUUUUUAAAGCACUCAAAAGAAGAACAAUGGGGGGGGGGAAAUGUAUGCAGUUUUCAAAUGAGUGUUCGGACGAAAAAAAGAAGGUGGGAGGACUUUUUUUUCAUGAACCUUUUCUAGAAGAAUAAGACUGGACGAAAUGUAAGCAAUUCUCAUCAUCCUUAAAAGGAGCUGUUACAACAGACAAGAUUAAGAAAGAAAAAAACAACAACAUAAAAGUAUCUUUUUUUGUAAAUAUUUUGUGAAAUGGAAAAAUUACAGACGUGAUUUGGAGAAGGGUUCCAAAUAAACGAACAAAUUUAAACCGG